CAGCUGGAGAUGCGCUGUUGUCAAAAGCGCUCGACGAUCAUCAGGUGAUGUGAACUCAACCAACUCGUCCAUUCAGCUGAUUCAUCUUCUUUUGCAGACUGGUGACACUGUUCGUAACGACUCAACCGACUAGUUAAUUGUCUAAACCAGGAAAAACCCGCUCCGAACACAAAGCAUCAUGGGGCGGAAGAAAAUACAGAUCUCUCGGAUUCUUGAUCAGCGAAAUCGACAGGUGACAUUUACCAAGCGUAAAUUUGGGCUGAUGAAAAAGGCCUACGAGCUGAGCGUGCUGUGCGACUGCGAGAUCGCUCUCAUCAUCUUCAACAGCACUAACCGUCUUUUCCAAUACGCCAGCACCGAUAUGGACAAAGUGCUGCUUAAGUACACGGAAUACAGCGAACCUCACGAGAGCCGCACAAACACUGACAUACUGGAGACUUUGAGAAGGAAAGGACUGGGGCUUGAUAGUUCAGAGCUCGAUCAGGAAGACGGCGUGGCGAUGGGAACGGACAAAUACCAUGAUGGCAUGGACCUCUCCAUCGCUCGCCAGCGCUAUUAUGCUCCUUCGCUCAUGCCAGAAGUAAUGGGUGCAAGCACCGAAAACGGCUACAGCAACUCCUCCAAUCCAAACCUUGGUUCCCAUCGGACUCCGUCCUACAAACCUUUGUGUAGCAGACCGGGCUCAACCGGUUCUGUCAGCUCCAACUCUCAUCCAGCUCUCAUGGGACCGCAUGCAGGUCUGGGCUACUCGAUGUUCUCUCAUGGCAACCUGAGCAGGGCCUUGGAGAUGAAGACUCCGCCCCCUCUGAAUAUGGCCAGUGACGGACGGCGCAUCGACGCUCACAGCGGACUGUGUGGAACCCGCAGUAAUCUGGCCAAUGCUGUGAGAGAGUCUACAAAAAGAGCACUCUAUCAGAGUAUGCAUGCUGGGAGCCACAUGAUGGCGAUGGGGAAAACAGGCUUACUGGGACACAGUCUGGGCAACUACGGGGCCUCAGAAUACAGUCACCCCAGUUACGCUAUGGGCUUUCAGCGCAAUUCUAUGAAUACCUGGCAACCAUUGUCUCACCAGGACACCCACCAGUCCAUGAUGAGCCCUGGGAUGGCAUCAGGAGGAAACUGCUCGUACCCAUCCCAGUGCUCCUCCCCUUCCUCGCCGCCACACCCCUCCCUCAACCUGAGCAUCAAAUCAGAGCGCGCCUCUCCUGAGCACAUGCUCUCAGCCACGUCCCCCAGCCAUCACAUGCUGCAGCACUCACCAAUGGAAGAGCCCAAAGCGACCAGCUGCCCUCCGUCAGAGGAAUACACAGCUAUGGAGAGGGACGAGAUACAGAAGAGCGGAUACUCCGGCCAGCAUGGCCCAAACAGAGAACCCGGAGAGGGGAAAAGCCAUCAGCCUCUGAAGCACCCUGACGUCAGUAAUGGAUGGAUAAGAUAAUUGCCACAUUUUUUUUUACAUUAAAGUCUUAAAGGUUCACCAAAAAAUUUAAAUUUGUUAAAAAUUGACGACUCCUCAGCCCGUGUAAGAUUUAGAUGAGUUUGCUUCUUCAUCAGAACAGAUUUGGAGAAUUUUAGCAUUAAGUCACUUGCUCACCAACAGAUCCACUGUGGUGAAUGGGUGCCGUCAGAAUGAGAGUCCAAACAGCUGAUAAAAUCCACACCACUCCAGUCCAUCAAUUAACGUCUUGUUAAAGCUGAUGUUUUUAUCAGCUGUUUAGACUCUCAUUUUGACGGCACCCAUUCACUGCAGAGGAUCCAUUGCUAAAUUUCUGCAAAUCUGAUCUGAUGAACAGAAGCCUAGAUUAAGUAAAUUUUAAUUUCACUUUAAAUUGUAUUUCUUAAUCAGAACCAUUUGUUUAAUACUAUCACAGCAUUCAAAUCAAUGCUGGCCCUGUUUAGAAAUGUGAUUCCUGUUUUUUUCCUCACAUAGUGUAAAUUACUGUAGAGUCAUAAAUGAGUUUCAUGUAAAUGAUCUUCACUCAGGACAGACUGCUUUUCUACUUUCAAACCAAAGGGUUUUUUAUGCUGAAAAAAAAAAUGAGUAAACAAUCUUGUCUUAAUAAUCCGUAAAAUUUGUUUGCAUUAUUUUCUGGCAUUACCUAUAUAUUAUGUAAUAUUUUAUUUUCUUGGCUUAUGUUUUUUCACUUGUGCUUGCUUUAUCAGUUUGCGUGAAUAAUGCAUACCACCUUCCUGAAGUAUUCUCAGUUGAAGUUUUUUAUAAUGGCCACAAGGGGGCGGCACAGAAACAUAUCAGGCAUCUGAAUGCUUCUUGUUGAAAUGACACAUUGUAACCUAACUUUUAUUUUAUAAUGAAUAAA